AUCAUAAAUCAAAUCAUGGAUGAAUGCAUUCCACAUGAACGGGCCAACCGAGACUUUUGUGUUAAGUUUCCAGAGGAAAUACGCCAUGACAACCUUGCAGGACAGCUUUGGUUUGGAGCAGAAUGUUUGGCUGCUGGUUCAAUUAUUAUGAAUCGUGAAAUUGAGAGUAUGGCGAUGAGGCCGUUGGCCAAAGAUCUGACCCGAAGCCUAGAGGAAGUUAGAAAUAUCAUUCGCGACCAGGCCUUAAGGGAUUUGAACGUCUACACAGAAAAAAUGAAAGACUCACUCAAGCAUUUUGAUGUCCUUUUUGCUGAAUUUGAAUUAAGUUAUGUGUCGGCCAUGGUACCUGUGAAGUCUCCAAAAGAGUAUUAUGUACAGCAAGAGGUAAUCGUACUUUUCUGUGAAACUGUGGAGAGAGCCUUAAGGCUUGGAUACCUCACUCAAGAUAUGAUAGAUGACUAUGAACCAGCUUUAAUGUUUACAAUUCCAAGAUUAGCCAUUGUAUGUGGCCUUGUCGUCUACUCUGAGGGACCAUUAAACUUGGACCAUAAACCAGAAGAUAUGUCUGAACUCUUCAGACCUUUUCACACUCUGCUAAGAAAAAUAAGGGAUCUACUUCAGACAUUAACUGAGGAAGAACUGCACACACUGGAACGUAACCUCUGCAUCUCUCAAGAUGUGGAUUUUCCUGUCAGAGCGGAUCCUGAAGUACCCUCUGUCAUUACACCGGGCAUAACUGCGACUUUGCCUGCUAAGGAGCUUUCAGCAAAAGCUGAAAACACAGAGGCUGAGCUGGCUUGUUCUAUGCAGUAUGAUGAACAGGAGCUGGAACAGCUGAAUAGGAUGGUACACAGAGUCGGAGAUGAAAUGUCUUCUCUGCUUUCCCCUCCAAGCAUCUGUCAGUCUCCAGCUCACAGACCUAGCCUAAGAAAUAGUUCUAGCACAGAAGCUUCACCAACAAGACACCAUCUUGACAAUUUAACUGAUGAAGAGGACAGAGUGUUUUUUAUGGAUGACCUAGAUGGAGCAGGAGAAGCUCUUGCUGGGUUGGAUUCAGUAAGUGAUACUUUUGCUUGGGUGAAUAACCCUUGCCAUGAUUCAAAACAGAACCUGCAAUAUAGAGAUGCUUUGCUGUAUGAGAACAGCCAUCAGACAGAGGAAACUUUACUUUUAAAAGAUGCUGAAAGUGACUUAAGCAAUAAUAACAAUAUUGAAGAUAGCAAACAGAUGUCUGCCAUCUCGGUUCAGAAUUCAUGCAGCUGUCUAGAAGGUCCAGACUCACAGUUAUACCUCAAUGGCUGGGAUGCAUAUGCUGAUGAUGCAGAAAUGGCGGAAGUGAUAGCUCACAGGACAGGGGGAAUGAAAAUAUCUGCUACUGUAAUAUUCAAUCCUAAAUCUCCCUCUAGCUCAGAAUCCCCAGUAACAACUCCAGAAGCAGCUAUUAGUUGUGUUCCUGGAUCUGCUAAUCCAUUAGCAAAUGAGGAGGAUGAAUCCCAUAAACUCAGUAUAGCUGCCACAAACUGUCUAAUUAAUUCCUGUGUGUGUUGUGGCAGCUGUGAAGACAGCAGGGAGGACAGUGUUGAAGGUUUAAAGACUAAACAUUCUGCAGGAGGUGUUGUAAAUGCUUCAUACACGUUAGUAAAGUCUAAAGAAAUGGACCACUUAGAUAACUUGGACAAUUCAGUCCCUGCACAGGAAACAUUAAAACCUGAAACUUCUGCUUUGUUAGUAGAAAGAGACUUUGGCAGAGAAGAGCAAAAACUGCCAAUCUCCUCUAAGUGCCUGGCACAUUCCUCAGGUUCACAGGUAGGAGCAGAAAAUGACUCACAAGCAGAAAGCAUCUCAAAUCAGCAGAAGAAGUGGGAGAAGAGAAAACAACUAUGUGAGAAAAAACAGGACAACAGUGAAGAUGCUAGCAGUGAAAGGACAGCAAAGGAAGAUGUAAAGUCAAGAUCUAGUUCCAGUUCUCAGGAUGGCUUACGUGAUUCCCCCCUCAGCUCCAUCUCCAGCAGUGACUAUGAGAGUGUUUCUGUCACUACAUGUAGUCUCUCCAGCAUAUACGCUCUGAGUAGUUUAAUGACGAGUUCUUGUUCAUCUGAUGACCUCGAUCAGGAAGAAAUCCAGCUCGCUUUGCAGGCUGCUAAAAUUGCCACCCGAGAAAAGAUCAGAUCUAGAUUUCAUGGCAGUAAUGAUCUUAUUCACCGCCUUUUUGUCUGUAUCUCAGGUGUUGCUGACCAGCUGCAGACAAACUAUGCUAGUGAUCUGAGAAGUAUCUUAAAGACCUUGUUUGAAGUUAUGGCAACCAAACCUGAAACAGAAGACAAGGAAAAGCAAAAGAAAGUUAAUCAGGGUUUAAGGAAUGCAGCAUUGGAAGACUGUGCUCUAUGUCAAGAAAGCAUAUCAUCCUCAGAACUUGCAGCAAAAGCCAGAGAUGGGGACUUUGAAGAUCCUCCUGACUGGGUUCCAGAUGAAGUCUGCAGCUACUGCACUGCGUGCAAGGCUCCGUUCACAGUCAUUCGCAGGAAACAUCACUGUCGGAGCUGUGGCAAGAUCUUCUGUUCCCGCUGUUCCUCCCACUCUGCUCCAUUACCUCGUUAUGGUCAGAUGAAGCCUGUCCGUGUUUGCACUCACUGUUACAUGUUCCAUGUCACUCCUUUCUAUAGUGACAAAGCUGGUAUCUGACAUAUUAAACUACUGAUGU